AUGCCAUCAUUUUCCAGACUAUAUUCUCUUCUACCCCUUCAAAACCAAGCCGCUGUCCAGCACAAUGGAGAGCAGAAGAAGAUCAUUCUGUCGAGUUCGCUCUGGAAAGCACUGUGGCGGUGCGCGCCUCAUGCUCCUCCCAUUGCAAUCUCCAUUGGCAUCCUCGCCUUGAGCUUUCACGGAAUCUACAUCGGCGCAGACUUUGCCUCGCAGACCAUCACCUUGAUGAGUUUUCAAAUCGCAGCCAAGAUCCAUGAAAUCUUUAUCGUUGCCAGUUUAUCAGUCAUUAUCUUUCAUGCGGUCAGGCAUGAGUUGCUGCAUGGCGGAGGUCUGCCGCUGGGCCUAGUUGGAUCAGGUUUCAACUUUGGCAGCUUUGAUUUCUUCUUCACCAAGGAAUUCCGUGGUGGAUUGUUGAACGUCAUGACCCCCGGCGACAGGCUUAGGAAGGCUGGCUUUAUCAUUCUCCUCUGCGUGGCAGGCCUCAUAGCUGCACUCGCAGGUCCUUCAAGCGCCACGCUGAUUGUACCUUCGUCCCAAACCUGGCAAGCUGGUGGAACACACUUCUAUCUUAAUGGCUCUGCGCAGGAUUUUUGGCCCUCUGACGUCUCCAGCGAUGCAUCGGCACUGGUGAGUAUGUGCAAUGGCUCGACAACCACAGAGCUCGCCAUAUGCCCUGCAGGAGGCUAUCUUUCUAUCCGAGAGCACUGGAGCAGAGUAAAUUACACCAAUUUUCAAACCUACGACGUCCCUGCCUACGCUAAGAAGCUGUCUGGAUCUCGAUUCUACUGGCCUGUCAGCAGCGCGUCUUCUCCUGUUCCGCCCCGUUAUGUCCUGGGCAACGCAAGAAACGUCACUGCCUUCAGCCCUGGCUCGGCUACUUUCUUUGUUCAGCCUCAUGCGGCGACUUCAACACUGAUGCAGAGAAUAGCCAAUAAAUGGUGGACAGCUUUGGAGUCGCACAUGAAGGUCUCUGACAGACAAGUCGACGACCGCAAAAUCGGCGUUGACGUACUCUCUGCCAUCACAACCGUACGAUGUGGUGAGCCUCAGGACUUGCCUGCGUCGGCAAAUACAAUCCGGUUCCCAGCGAUCAGUGGUCGUUUCGAUUAUGCCGAUGGCCCGGAUUUGACCGUCGACAGUCUGAACGCCACAGCAGUCGAUCAUAUUCACUUCCAUUGGGUUCACCUGCCCGAUCAAUUUGGUUCCGUCAGUAUUGGGGCUGUGCUCGAAUCAGCAUGGAACAUAAACAAGACUUCAAGAGUCGUAGUGGGGUGUUCCGCCCAGGCUGGUUGGGUUCCAACCUCCGUGUACACCGACGAGUACUCCUUUUGGACUGGAUGGUACCCGUGGAACAUAGAAUACGGAGGUCGGAUACCAUCCUGGCAUAACGUCCCGCCGGGCCAGUCACAGCCGGCUACCAAUGGGCGAGUUGCUUUCAACGACGAUUGGUUGAAUUUGCUGAAUCCAAACGUAGCAGAUGCAGAACUCAGCUCAGAGACGACUUGGACUCCUUCCACCAUGGAGAGUAUCAUCAGUGCCUCCGGUCUAGCUGACGACCUUUCUUCCCACAAUGGAACGUCUUUAGCUGAAGCAUGGGUCGACGACGGGCAAUUGGGUAUCAGCCGGACUGUACUGCUCGAGUCAAUCAUUAGCAGCGUCAUUACAGACGGUCUCAGCCGAAGUGGAAGUUAUCGCAUCUUCGACACCCAGGGAUCACCUGCAGAGUGGCCGUUCUCCAUGUUCGAUCCGCUGCCUGACUUUGAUAAGCGCAUCAUCGAUGGCCUUGAUGCUCUGCGGGCGCCCUCGCAGUCUGACUCAGAUGUCACGACUCUUCGUGUCAAGAUGCAGAUCACGGGCUUCGCUUUGAAGAGGAGUCUCGAAGGGGCACUCUCAAUGGUGGUCCUCCUUGCGCACAUUAUCCUGGCGAUUGGGCACAUUGUCUUCGUCAUGGUGAAAAGUCAAUCCUCGGAUAGUUGGGAUUCGAUCUCGGAACUUGUUGCUUUGUCACAAAACUCGCGCCCUUCCUAUGUCGCCCUUGCGAAAACAGCUGCGGGAAUCACUGAGAGGCGAACAUAUGGUCGUCUAGCUAGGAUACGGGCAACGUCGACCAUCCACCAACCUGAUGGCGACCACGUGGAGCUGAUCUUCGACGACGCGGACGGAGAGGUCGAUCAUCUCGAUGUUUUGUGUACCGCUUGUCACGGAACCGAAACGGAAAAGCAAAACACGCAGGUCGAAGUCAAGAACGACCGCGGCGAGGAUGACAAUGAUAAUCAUGAUAAUAAUGAUAACGACGACGAAGCACAGUCUGCGAGACAGCCAUUGAACGAGGAACUGGACGACACCCCAACCUCGCGGCUUGUGGUACGACAACCGCAGACAUGGCCAUGUAAUCCUGAUCAAAGCCCGCCAAGGGACCAGUCUUCUCCCUGGCCUGUCUCUCACGCCAGCCAGAGUCUUCCGCCCCAUAGCAGAACGGGCGCCAGGGAGAGUCUGAUCGUUCGCGGCAGUGUUCGUGCGCGGCGCCCAGUAUUGGGGGAACUAGUCCGCGUGGACCAAGCAUAUGGCUGA